CUGACAGCUGCUAUUCAAAGUGAGGUUAAAUUGCAGUCAACAGUGCAGGUAAACAGUGGCAAAGUUUGGAUUGAACACGGCUACACAGCAAAGCAGUAAAAGGCAGCAGCUUAGAACAUUAGCUUGAAAUCAAAGUACCAAACAUGGAUUUCCCCGAACUCGCUGGUUCAGAGCUAGGGACAAAGGAAUAUUGGGAGCAAAGCUACGAGCGCGAAAUUCAAAAUUAUAAUGACCACGGAGAUGUCGGGGAAAUUUGGUUCGACGAGGAUUCACAGAUUCGAGUUAUUAAUUGGAUACUAAAACGAGAUGAAAUACAAGCAGACUACAAUGUGAUUGAUUUAGGAUGUGGGAACGGAAUGUUCCUCAUAGAAUUAGCUCGUGAAGGAUUCAAGAAUUUAUUAGGAGUGGACUAUUCCCCAAAAGCUAUAGAACUUGCGGCGUCGAUUGCCAAGGACCAAGAACUACCAAUAGAAUACAAAGUGGUGGAUUUACUUAGCGAGAAAAGUAUGACUGAGCUUGGAACAUUUAACAUCGUUCAUGACAAAGGAACCUAUGAUGCAAUAAGUCUUAACCCAGACAAUCCAAAAGAAAAACGAGAAAAGUACAUAGAGAAUACGAGAAGAAUUCUAUCUGACGAAGGCUACUUCAUUAUAACUUCAUGCAAUUGGACAGAAGAAGAAUUAAUCACAAGUUUUCAAGGAAAAUUCGAAAAAUUUUGCACCAUUCCAACACCAACUUUCAGAUUUGGUGGCAAAGAGGGGAGCGUUGUAACAUCUGUUGUAUUUAAAAAAUAAAAUAUGUGAAUGAA